UAAGUAACCUCACUUUGCUUUGUUUUAGUUUCUGUCUUGUCUCUCCGGCCUCAUUUUUGUGUUCUUGGUUGGUUUUGUGUCAUGGAGCUUCAACUGGGUUUGGCUCUGUCGCUUCCGGCUCAUCACGACGCUCCUGUCAAAGGGUUUGAUGUAAACAGUCGGGGGAUGAUCGGUAGUUUGGAUAUAUGGAGCUAUGGAUGCUGCUUGGGGAGCAAAAAGAAGCGCAGUUUCGACAUGGCUUUCGAGAAGAUUGGAGAUGAUGAUGAGUCGAAGGCGUUGCCCUUGUUUUUGUGGCAUGGCCAGCCGGGUGAGGAAGACGAGGAUGGCAAGAAGCAGAAGAAAAGAGACUUUUGCAGUCUCAUCGAUACCAAGGAUGGAGAAGGAGACCAAGUUGUGGGGUGGCCACCAAUUAAAUCAUGGAGGAGAAAGAUGUUUUUUUCUGAUCAUCAACACCAAGGUCAUGGCCAUGCCCACCAUGAUUUCCAGAAUCAUCAGCAUAUUGUGGAAAAGGAAAAUGAUGGGUCAGGAAGUCCCAUGUACGUAAAGGUGAAGAUGGAUGGAGUGGGAAUUCUGAGAAAGAUAGAUAUAAAUCUGCAUCACUCUUAUCAGACACUGAGAGAUUCCUUGAUAACCAUGUUUGCUAUAUACAAAGAAUGUGAGAAUGAGGAUACUGCAGAUUUUACAGUGACUUAUCAGGACAUACAUGGACAUUGGUUGCUUGCUGGAGAUGUUCCCUGGCAAACUUUCGUCGAGUCUGUGCAGCGCCUGGAGAUCAUAAGGAACGGUGGUUGAGACUUGAACUUAAUUUUAUAAGCGGGUUGCUAUAAGCUAUACAAUGAACUAGCUACUUAUCUGAUUGAUGAUGAUCAUCAUCAUUAUCUUUGCCUAGAUACUAGUAGAAAAAAGAGUGAAUAUAUAUGUUAUAUAUAAUGCAUGUAUUAAAUGAAAGCUUUUGGAGAUUCCAUUCUAUCUGGAAUAACCGAAUAAGUCAAUGUGGCAAAAUGAUCCAAGUUUGUACUACAGCACGAAGCCAGGAACGAUAAAGAAAGACGAUGAAUAUGAACAAGA